AUGCCUAUUGAAGGAACACUCAUUGAUAUGAUUAAGACGGUUGAGAAAGAAGCUACUUCGGGGCAUUUAAAAAAUAGGUCAGUACGUGACAGAGAUGAUAAAGCAUUUAUGGUUAAAAAGGAUGACUUUGACGCCUUUUGUAAUCCUCCAAAGUUGGAUGACAACAUUGAGGAGGGAUUAGUAGUAGGCCAGAAGGGUAGUUUUGGAAAAUCUAAAGUGAAUCUUUCUCCUUUUCAUAAGGAGUUAGAUAAUGACUUUCGGCGAAUUGACAAUUCAGCAAGAGCCUUAUUCAGAGCCAUUUCAUAUGGCACUAUGAUAGCAGCUUUCUUAGAUGAGGCUGAAUGUGAGGAUGAUCGAGUGGAAGGACGUAAAGCCCUCAUCAACUGCUUCAGAAGCAUGGCUGAUUUGACAGCAAGAGUUAUGGCAAAUUCAGUCUUGAGUAGAAGAAAAGUUUUUCUUAAAAAUGUAGAUUUUAUAAGCAAGGCAACGGAGAAGAAAUUGCUAAAACUACCUAUUUUUGGCAACCAGUUGUUUAACGGACAGUACUUUGAUUCUCUCCAUACAUCUGCAGAGAAUCUACGAGAUGCUAGAGAAACCCAAAAUGUUUACAAUGCAUCAAAGGGUUAUAAUAAGAACUUCAAGAGUAGAGAAAAUAGGAACUCUACCGAGUUGAGCAGAAAGAGGAAAGCAGAUGUAAAUGAGACUUCUGCUCAUUCUGCAAAAGUCACUAAAGCUAGUGAGACUAAUGCCUUAAGUUCUGAUCACAGCAAGGACAAUUUUCGUUCAGGACAAGGGAACAGGAAAAAUUCUUUUUCCAGGCGAACCUUUGGGAACCAGAAAGGGUUUCCAACUCCAAGGAAGUAA